CUCAAUGUGCAACGUUGUUAACCUGCUUUUUAGCGUCAAAUUCAGAUUAGGAGGCAUUAAUAUUGAAUUCACGACCCUGAUCUGACCGUACUUGCGUGAAAUCGUGUCUUUAUUUUCCCGAUAGUGGAAGCAUGCAUUCCAGUAUUGGACGCUAAUUUCAAACUUUAAGAUGCAUGGAGACCGCCCCGCACGCUUCCAUUUACUUUGAAGUAAAGGCAAGGUGGUGGCUGCGGUGACUGUGUCUCCACAAGUGGAGGCUGCUGUGCUGCUCGGAGACAAGUUUUGCUGGGUUUGCUUUUAAUUUUCACUACUCGUCAUGGCAGGUUCAGAGCUGUACACCAAGAAUGCCCGUGUGUGGCUCCCGGACCCCGUGGAAGUGUGGAAGUCAGCAAAGCUAGUCAAAGAUUAUGCGACUGCCACCAAGACGUUAUUUCUCCUCCUGGAUGAUGGCACUGAGUUGGAAUAUAAAGUAGAUCCUCAUACAAACAACCUUCCACCUCUAAGGAACCCCAACAUCCUGGUGGGGGAAAAUGACCUCACGGCUCUCAGCUACCUUAAUGAACCGGCCGUCUUACACAACAUCAAAGUGCGCUUCAUCGACUCCAAGCUGAUUUACACGUACUGUGGCAUUGUUCUUGUUGCCGUCAAUCCAUAUGAGAGUCUGCCCAUCUAUGAAGCUGACAUCAUCCACGCCUACCGUGGGCAGGACAUGGCCGACAUGGACCCCCACAUAUUUGCAGUGGCCGAGGAAGCUUACAAACAGAUGGCCAGAGACCAACAGAACCAAUCCAUAAUAGUGAGUGGAGAGUCAGGAGCUGGCAAAACCGUCUCUGCUAAGUAUGCCAUGCGUUACUUUGCUACGGUCAGCGGUUCCUCUGGUGAGGCUGAUAUUGAGGAGAGAGUCCUGGCCUCCAACCCCAUCAUGGAGGCUCUUGGGAAUGCCAAAACGACGAGGAAUGACAAUAGCAGCCGCUUCGGGAAGUACAUUGAGAUCGGGUUUGAUAAGAAGCAUCGUAUCAUCGGAGCUCACAUGAGGACAUAUUUAUUGGAAAAAUCAAGAGUUGUUUUUCAGGCCCAUGAAGAAAGGAACUAUCAUAUAUUUUAUCAGCUGUGCGCCUCCUCACAUUUACCAGAGUUUAAAGACUUCAAAUUAGGUGAUGCAGAUGAUUUCCACUACACUAAUCAGGGUCAUUAUCCAGUUAUUGAUGGAGUGGAUGAUGGCAAAGAUAUGUGCAGCACAAGGAGAGCUUUUUCACUAUUAGGAAUCGGUGAAAGCCAUCAAAUGGAAAUCUACCAGAUUCUGGCAGCUAUUCUUCAUCUUAGCAAUGUGGAUGUUAAGGAUCAUUCAGGUGACAGAAGCAGCAUUUCGCCAGACAAUUUUCACUUGGUGGUGUUCUGUGACUUGAUGGGGGUGCCCUGCGAAGAAAUGGCCCACUGGCUCUGCCACAGGAAACUCCAGACAACCACAGAAACAUACGUCAAAGGUGUCUCCAAGACGAAUGCGGUCAAUGGCCGAGACGCACUCGCCAAGCACAUUUAUGCUCGGCUCUUCAGCUGGAUUGUUGGCUGUAUCAAUAAUGUGCUCAAAUCAGCAGUUAAACAACACUCAUUCAUUGGCGUUCUGGACAUUUAUGGGUUUGAAACAUUUGAUACCAAUAGCUUUGAACAGUUUUGUAUCAACUAUGCCAAUGAGAAACUCCAACAGCAAUUCAACCUGCAUGUCUUCAAACUGGAACAAGAAGAGUACAUGAAGGAGGAGAUUCCAUGGACCCUGAUUGACUUCUAUGACAACCAGCCGUGCAUCAAUCUCAUCGAGGCAAAGUUGGGCAUCCUCGACCUUCUGGAUGAGGAGUGCAAAAUGCCGCAAGGCUCCGAUGACACGUGGUGUCAGAAAAUGUACAACAACCUGUUGAAGCAGAACGCUCACUUUGACAAACCGAGGUUAUCGAACAGAGCUUUCAUCGUUCACCACUUUGCGGAUAAGGUGGAGUACCAGUGUGACGGUUUCCUAGAGAAAAACAAGGACACCGUCAAUGAAGAGCAAAUACACGUGUUACAGAAGAGCAAGUUUGAUUUCUUGCUGAAACUGUUUGUGGGAAAUGAAAAGGCAACAAGCUCCACCAACAGACCCGCGACCAGCAUUACGGGAAGAUCUGGUCAGUCACAGAGAGCUAAUAAGAAGACUGUGGGGCUGCAGUUUCGACAGUCCCUACAUUUGCUGAUGGACACGCUGAAUGCUACGACUCCUCACUAUGUUCGGUGCAUUAAACCAAAUGACCAUAAAGUGCCAUUCAGCUUGGACCCUGUGAGGGCAGUCCAGCAGCUGCGAGCGUGUGGCAUCUUGGAAACGAUACGGAUCUCGGCAGCUGGAUUCCCUUCGAGAUGGACCUAUCAGGAAUUCUUCUGUCGUUACCGGGUCCUUAUGAAGCAAAAGGAUGUGCUUUCUGAUGUAAAACAGACCUGCCAAAAUCUCCUGAAAAAGCUCAUCCAGGACCAGAAUCUGUAUCAGUGUGGUAAAAACAAGAUCUUCUUCAGAGCUGGCCAGGUGGCCUACUUGGAAAAACUGCGAUCUGAACAGUUACGAAGAGCUUGUGUCAGCAUCCAGAAGACAAUCCGCUGCUGGCUGGCACGUAAAAAAUUCCUGAGGAUGAAGCAGUCUGCCAUCACUAUUCAAAGACAUGUGCGGGGUCAUCAGGCACGCUGUUAUGUUCGCUUUCUGCGGAGGACAAAAGCAGCUGUUGUCAUUCAACGUAAUGUCCGAAUGUGGGCGGCCAGAAGACGAUACCAAAAGCUGCGCUCUGCAUCCGUUGUCAUUCAGUCCUUCUUCAGGGCGUAUGCAGCCAGAAAGCUGUACUAUAAGAUUUUGUACGACCAAAAGGCUUUGGUCAUCCAAAAGUGGGUGAAAGGCUGGCUAGCCAGGCAGCGUUAUCGACGUACUCGAGCAAAUGUCAUCCUGCUGCAGUGCUGUGUGCGACGCCUACUGGCCAAAAGGGAAUUAAAGAAGCUCAAAGUUGAGGCGCGCUCAGUGCAGCGUCUCAAGAAUCUCAACGUUGGCAUGGAGAACAAAAUUAUGCAGUUGCAACACAAGCUAGAUGAGCAGCACAAAGACGUCAGAGAGCUCAGCGAGAGACUAAAUGCCGCGACCAAGACCCGAGAUAUGGAGAGAGAGCAACACUGCAGAGAGAUAGAAAACCUUCAGAGAUCCGAGCAGAAGGCCAAAGCCAAGGCAGAAAGGCUCCCUUCACUAAUGGAGCAGCUCACCUUUCUUCAGCGCGAGCUGGAGAGCACUCGUAGUGAAAAGGAAGUGCUGGAAGAUCAGAACAGCGUCUACAAGAAGCAGACACAAGAGGUGGUAGAGGAGCUUAAUAUGAAGAAUGGUUUGCUGACUGAUGAAAAGGAAAAUCUGAACAAGCUCAUCCUGGAACAAAAAGAACAGUUGACAGAAAUUAACGCCCAGGUGGAAAGCACUGAAAAACUACAGAGAGAGUUAACUGAAGAGCGCUCCCGGUACCAAAACCUGCUGAGUGAACACCUGCACCUACAGGAGCUGCAUAAAGACCUGAAGGAGGAACUGGAACUUAGGCUUAGUCCAAGCAAAAGGCCGGACUCCAGCUAUGACAGUAACUUGCCUGAAUGCAGUCCAGUGAUUGGCUCUACUAAUGGACAGUACAGCUCAGUUCACAAAGCGGAUGAGACCCCCUCUACUGUAGAACUCCCACUCAUUCUCAAGCUCCAGAGAAGAGUUAGAGAACUAGAGAGGGACAAACAAUUUCUACAGCAGCAGUUAGAUGAGAAGGAAACCAACGAGGAAGAAGCCAAGGAUUCGGAGGAGGAGAUAACUGUUGGCAGAGCAGAACUGGAUUUGGAAACGCUGAAGCGCCAAGAGCUGGAGUCUGAAAAUAAGAAGUUGAAGCAGGACUUGAGUGAACUGCGCAAGUCUUUAACCAGUGAGAACAGCGAGCUGAUGCCCCCUGCUGUGGGCUCCACCACAUACAACGUAUUGCUGGAGCAACUCAACUCUUCUAACGAAGAGCUGGAAUUGCGAAAAGAGGAAGUGCUUCUUCUCCAGUCACACAUAGUGCGCCAAGAGGCUAUGAAAUACAAGGACUCUGCGCUUGGAGAGGGGGUGAAUUUAGACCUUAGUGAUGUUCCCUCAUUUCAAGACAUUGACAGGUCCACUGACAUCCAUACAUUGAAUGAGGAUGGAGAACUGUGGCUGGCUUAUGAAGGCUUGAAGGAGACCAACAGGCUUCUGGAGUGCCAAAUGCAGAAGCUGGAAAGGCAGCACAGUGAAAGUUAUGAGAAACUGCGGACGGAGGUGAACACGCUCAAGCAAGAAAAGGAGCAGCAGGAGAAGCUUUUGGCUCAGACUUUGCUCCUGCCUGAAGACGCUCGCAUUGAAGCGGGCCUGGAGCUCGAAAUUACCCGGCUCACCCACGAAAAUCUGGAGCUCAUGGAGCAACAGGACAAACAAGACAAGACUAUUGUCAAUUUGAAAAAAGAUCUUCAGCUCUACAUGAAAAGAGUAGAAGAGUUUCAAGCUCAACAAAGGAAAACGUACCUUGAGACAAAUUCUUCUGCCAAAGCAGUGAGCAUACCUCGCAAGGAGAGAGAGUACCAGGGAAUGUUGGAGUACAAAGAGGGUGAAGAGAGCCGCCUUGUUAAAAGUUUGGUUUUAGACCAGAAGGCCCGUGGUGUCGCUGUCAGCUUCCUUCCUGGCCUUCCUGCUUACAUCAUCUUCAUGUGCCUGCGAUACGCUGACAGGGUUAACGACGAUCAGCGAGCCAGCACACUGCUCAAUUCUGUGCUCUGCAGCAUCAAAGGAGUCAUUAAGAAGCGAGGAAAGGAUUUUGCCGUGUUGUCCUUCUGGUUAUCCAACACAAGUCGACUAAUUCACUGUCUGAAGCAGUAUAGUGGAGACGAAACGUUCAAGACGUAUAACACUGCGAAGCAGAACGAGCAUUGCCUGACCAACUUUGAACUGACGGAGUACCAGAAUGUGUUUGCAGACCUAGCUAUCCAUAUUUAUCGCCAGCUCAUCAAAAGCAUGGAGGACACCCUGCAGCCCCUCAUAGUUUCAAGCAUGUUGGAGCAUGAGACAAUCCAGGGGGUUCUGGGCUCCAAGCCGACAGGUCUGAGGAAAAAGAGCUCGGGUUCCCCAGAGGAAGACGCGGUUACCGUGGAAGUCCUCCUGCAGCAACUUGGACUCUGGCACACCACUAUGAUGCAACAUGGGAUGGACUCUGGCCUCAUUAAACAGGUGGUUCGGCAGCAGUUCUACAUCAUUUGUGCUGUCACCCUGAACCACCUGCUACUCAGGAAGGACAUGUGCUCAUGGAGCAAAGGGCUGCAGAUCAGGUACAAUGUGUGGCAGUUGGAGGAAUGGCUGGCGGAGAGGGAAAUGGCCGACUGUGGCGCCAAAGAAAUGUUGGAACCUCUCGUACAAGCCGCACAGCUGCUGCAGGUCAAGAAGAAGACUGAGGCCGACGCUCAGGCUAUUUGCAACAUGUGCACGGGCCUCACGACUGCACAGAUUGUGAAAGUGCUGACACUUUAUACACCAGUGAUCGAGUUUGAAGAGCGCGUGACAACCACAUUCAUCGCAACCAUUAAAGACAUCUUGAAAGACAGAGAGGAGUCGUCCACACUGAUGAUGGAUGCCAAGAAAAUCUUUUCUGUCACGCUUUCUUUCUCACCCUCCUCUGUGGCGCUGGAGACCAUCCAGAUCCCUGCAAGCCUAAAUUUGGAUUUCCUCAACCGUAUAUAGAGCCAGCCUUUGACAGUGUUUUGCUGUUUAUCAUGUGUGGUUUUCAAUUUGUACCUAACUUUUGUAUUCACGUGCCAAGUAAAUAUAAAAAGUCAGUUUAAGGAAAUAUGAUCUGGGGACUUAGCAGUAUAUGUUUAGUGAAUAAGCAAGAGAAAUAAUAUAAUUAUUGACACUACAUAAUUUUGUAAAGGAUUGAACAUAAAGUAAUUGAAAUGUUGAAUGUGACAACCAGUUAUUAAAUAUAUCAGUUUGUUUUUUUU